UUAUUAUUUUAUUUAGAUUCUUCAAGAGAAAAUGGACCCGUUCAAUGUGACCAUUUUUUCACAUCACUGAGCCUAAGCGAUGACAAGCCGGUAACAGAAAAAAUUAUCUGUGAUAUUAGCCCCUAUGUUGGAGUCAAGUGGAAGCUCGUUCUUCGAAAACUGUCCAUCGAAGAGGCGACCAUAAGAAAUUUGGAUGAGGAUUACAAGAACGCUUCGGUUAGUGAAAAGUGUUACCAGGGUCUUUUAGCAUGGAAGGACAGUCAAGGCCCUCAGGGAGCAACGAUUGAAACUCUGUGUGAUGCCCUACGUCUCGUGGGUUGCUCAGAAGCGAUGAAAGCAUUGCAGAGAGAAAUUGCGUCACAAAACACUGACAGCACUUUUUCACUCUGGAGCAUAUUUGCUUGUGGCGGGCCAAGGAGAAAGAGAGCAACAGUUUUUUCCAGCAGACCGGAUCCCAAAAGCGACCUUAUCUACUUACGAUUCUACGUGUACAGUGAUAACGAGGAUUCUAAGAAGCGCGUGGAGUUGAAAGAUAGAGAACGGUUUCCUGACUCGAGGGUAGCCAGGGAGCAGCCCUUUAGAAUGUACAGUGACAGCAAAGUGAUCACAGUAAAACUCACUAAGCUUGAAGAAGGAUGGGAAUUCGACAAGACCAACGAUACGCAGAUAUACCAAUACGAGAAAGGCAGUGGGAAUGGAUUUCGCUCUAACAAUGCCUGCGAUUUUGCUGUGAAACCAGAGGAUGGUCGAGAUGUAAACGGGUUUUCUUGUAUGGUGGAGUUUCAACAGGAGGGCUACAACCAAGAAUACUCAAUAUACCUGAAUCCAGGGUUUACGCCUUUGAAGCGGCAGAGUAUCCGGCGAAAGCCCGCAGCAGGGGGCCUAAGCGUCACUGCUUCUAGAAACACCCAUGCGAUAGCUGGAUGCUCCACCUGGACAGGGCCCGAAGAGGAGGAUGACGACUGUGACAGUCACAAUCAGGAAGGACGAUCAUCACCAGAUUCUCCGAGAGAAAAUGGACACGUUCAAUGUGACCACUUUUUCACAUCACUGGGCCUAAGCGAUGACAAGCCGGUAACAGAAAACCUUCUCUGUGGUAUUAGCCCCUACGUUGGAGUCAAGUGGAAGCUCGUUCUUCGAAAACUGUCCAUCGAAGAGGCGAUCAUAAGAAAUUUGGAUGAAGACUACAAGAACGCUUCGGUUGGUGAAAAGUGUUACCAGGGGCUUUUAGAGUGGAAGGACAGUCAAGGCCCUCAGGGAGCAACGAUUAAAACUGUGUGUGACGCCCUGCGUCUCGUGGGUUGCCCAGAGGCGAUUUUUGCUUUGCAGAGAGAAAUAGAAUAGAACUUAGAAUCAUCGGACGGGGAACAUGUUUCAUAGUUUCGAAAAAUCCGUGUUCAGUUGUUUGGUAACCGGCCCUGUGAAUCUGCCUUACAACCCUUUCAUCUCUGAAGGUGCAGAUUAGGCCUUGCGUUCACAUUUAACCGGCCAAUGAACAACUCCCGCUACGAGACGGGCCUGUAGAAAAUCAUGGUAGCUGUAUUCAUCAUCUCGGACUGGAUAUUAGCUUUCAUGAAUACAAAUUUCAUGAUUCCUCGCGAGCAAGUCUCAUAGAGGGAAUUGGUCCAUUCUAUUGCAAUUGUUGGGUGUGUGGCUGGGAAAUUUUAUCAAGGAACUUGUUGUGAUAGUAGAUUAAAGUAACGUUUUUUCUUAGCAAAAAGGAAAGGUUAUAAAUUUGCUCGCAACUAGAAAGUUGUCAUAGAAACGCCAAUUUGUUAGUUACGUUAGUCCUUGUCCAAAUGCCGUGUUCUGAAAGAAUUAUGACAAAUUAGCCCUUUCUCAUCCUCCGUUUCUGUAGUCAAGGAAUUUCGUUUACGCAAGUGUGCAGGAAAACAAUCAUUAUAAAAUGCUUUAUCGUACAGCCGCAACUGUUUGGCCGCUACCAGCCUAGGCCUUGUAUAUUCUACCGAGAACUUUGAACUAAGACAUUUUUUUUUAAUUUUUUUAUUUAUUUAUUUUUUUAAGGAAAGACAUGGCAGCAUGAUAUUUUUACUGGAAAUGUCUUUCAGUUCCGCCCAAAAAACUUUAAACUGUGUGUAACUCGAUAACGGAAGCAGUAAUCUCGAUUUCACACAUGUGGCUGAAACGAUCGAUACCUGAAGAAAAAUGUAGCACGAGAAAAGAUGUUUGUACAAUUUCCUUUGAGAAAACUUCGCAGUUAGCGGUAAGGAGAAAAAAAACCUUCUUAUUACAGCUAAACCUUCUUGAAUAGGGACGAUGUAUUUAUACAAGUAAUCGCCGUCAGCUGUCAACUGGCCUAAUACAGACGUUAUAUGGAUCUAUCAAUUUUGUA